UCCACACGGACAGGUGAGGACUUGAUAAGGAAACGGUGAAUGAUGAAAGUUAGGAAAAAGUAAGCUGUUCUUUCAAGAAGAUUUUUUUUUCACUCAGAUUUUAAAAAAAGAAGAAGAGCUCGUCUCCAACAACAUGAAGACCGAAGACAAACUGCAGAUAGGAAAAUUCAUUUUCAUGCUGAUCAACUCCUUUUUUGUUAUUCUCGGUAUCAGCCUUUUCGGAUCUUCUCUGUGGAUCUUAUUUGACAAAAGUAACGUGAUUGCCAUUGUAAGCAACGAGGAGGAUGUCAAGGUGGUGGCCGGAGGGCUGUUUGUUAUCGGUCUGGUGGUUGUAGUCGUCUCCAUGUUGGGCUGCAUUGGAGUCCACGCAGAAAACAGAUGUUUCCUUGCUUUUUACAUGGGCCUUUUAAUUGCCAUCUUUUUUGGAGAACUCUUCGUCACUUUCUUGCUAUUGAUAAAACGCAACAAAAUUGAGACGUUUUUGGCUCAGACUGUAGACACCAUCAUCGGCACGUACGGGGUUAAUGAUACCCAACCCACCUGGAGUCUUCUGGACAGUGUGCAGCAGUCUGCGAAAUGCUGCGGCAGACAGAACGCCAGCGACUGGAGGACAAAUGAAUUUAUUAAGGUCCAGAACAUAUCAGAUAUUUACCCCUGCUCGUGCUUCAGUGGGAGCUGCCCAGUAUUCUUCUACCAGUUUGGAAAUGGUACUGAUAUCUACAAAAAGGGCUGUGAGGAGCAACUAAAGGACUGGUUUGGAACGAAUGUUCUUGUGAUAGUUGGCAUGGACCUUGCACUCCUUUUAAUUCAGAUCCUGCAGUGUAUCAUGGCUUGUCUCAUCUUCCGGAACAUCGGCGCUAAAAUGAACAAUCGGCAUCCUGAAAAUCUUCUGAACGUGAUGGAAGAGAGCCCAGAAGUACCAUCAAACCCUCAGGAAAAUGAUCUGCAGUACUACCAGCCCUCUGAGCAGCAGAUGUAUGAUGCCUAUAAUCAAGAACCUACUGGACAGUAUGAGGAUUACCAGUAUCAUGAUGCUCAACAUCAGCCCAACAUUAGCCCACAUGCAUAUGACCAGGGAUGGAAUGAUGAGUAUGAAAAUGCUGGACAGAGUUAUGAUCAGUAUCACAGACAAGUUUAUCAGGACCAUCAUGACCCAUACCAGAGCGGUCAUGAGUAUAACCAGGAGGAUGGCUUUAGACAGCAAUAUGCUGGUGCGAGUGCUAACAGGUAUCAAGAGCAGUAUGACCAAUAUGAACGUGAUCCGCACCAUGGACAGCACUAUAAUGCCAGUUAUAAUCAGGGUUAUGUUCGGGAUGAGUACCGGAAUAAUUUUGAAAAUUACUAGUCGAGACCAAAAGUAAAGGAACACUCAAAAAGUGUGGAAAUGACAUAGUAUUUUUUAAUCCACACAAACAACUGAAAAAAAAAAUUCUAAAAGCAGAAAUUCUUAAAAGAUCAACUUGUUUAAAUAAAAAAAUUAUUUUCAUCAGAAACUUCACCAUAAUUGACAGUAGUCCUGAAUAUUUAAGUAAACAUUUACUGUAUAAUAUAAUGCUCUUUGGACAAAUACUACUGCACUUAGUACAUGUUUAAAAUUCUAUUCUUAAGUCUUUAAGUCUUUAUAGUAUUCCUAAAGUAUAAAUAUUUUCCGUCUGAUUUUAAUUUUAACUGCAUUCGAGUCAAAAUGGGACUCAUUAGGAAAUUUCUCGUGAAUAAAGGCUUUAAACUGAUUGACAUUUACAGGAGACUUCAAGCACAGUGUGGUGAUGAGACUCUUAGUCGCAGUAAAAUGGUGCCAAUGUUUUAAAGAAGGCCGUAUGUCCAGGUCAUGGCGGCUCGGAUCCCACUGCACUCAUUCUCGUGAACAUUCACAAACCGCAUCUUUCUGUGGGAACUGUACACACAAUCACUCACCAACACCACUUGCACAUUACAGGAACUCUGCUGGGAGUUAUUGCCACAUCCCUAUACAGUCCUGACCUCACUCCAAGACAUUUCCACAUGUUUGGGCCAUUAAAGGAGUUCCUGGGAGGCCAGCGUUUCAGAUGUGAAGCAUGACUGAGAAGACUUUUUAACGUGAUGGCAUCCAAGCACUAGUGAGACGCUGGGAUGAGUGCAUUAGUGUAGCAGGAGAUUAUAUAGAGAAAUAAAAGGAGUUGUACUCUCAUAACUGUGUCUUGUCCCAGU